GUAGAGUCGACCGAGAAAAUCUGUCGAACGUAUGUCUCUUAGUCUCCUUACGAACAGGGACGACAUUUCCGUAGCCCACUCGCUCUCAUCCUGAAUCUCUCCCCCCCCCCCUUCCCCCUUCCCCCCUCCCCUCUCCCAUCCAUGCUGAUUUCCCCCUUGCUCGGCAACCGGAAAGGCUCUUUUCAUGCCGUUGGAGCUUUGCGAAUGACUGGACCCGUCCCGAGCUGCCCUUUGGCUCGCCGUUAGGGAACCAAACCGUCCAGGAAAUCGUAUCCGACUAGAGAGAGUCGUCAAUCAACACUGGGCCUCCACUUUGGUCCUCUGCGCAACAACACAAAAGGCCGGUUCCCCCGUUUACAUCCGCACCUCGACCACACAGUACAUGCUCUACAGCUCAGAAUCCUGCCACACAUUGCGUCCGUUUGACAAGCAAACAGCACUCGACCACCACUUGACCUGUACCUUUGUCACCAUUACGCCUUGUGUCUCGAAUUACAUUACUUUGAUCUCACUUCUAUAUAAUAAGUCUGAGCCUUCAAGCCAUCGCUCCUCGACUUCAAGACUCAUUCACGACACCAGUGACAGCAUCCACCAAGAGCCAUCGCCCACAGGGAAAUUGUCCAACAACACAACCAGCAGUAUCCCCUGCUCUUUGCUCGCUAUUGACACCGGCAAGAUGGCGCUCUCUACACACUGCGUCCACGUAUUCCAGAUGAUCAAGGCGGAUAACACUCUGAUCGAAUGGACGUGCCAUUUGUGCCACUCGGGACCCCACUGGUGGAUCUAUGAAUGCCGGUACUGCAAGAUCCACACGUGUCAAUCAGCCCGGGAAGCAGACGAAAACCAGCCACAGACAAGCGGAAGAAUUCGGUAG